AUGGGGACCACUCUGGUCGAUCAGCUGCUUCACUGGAGCUCCACGGCGCCCGAUUCCGUCGCAUUUCGCUGGCUGCGUGAUGACGGGAGUGAGGAGGCCAUCUUGAGCUUCGCUGCACUUGAAACUCAGACGUCUAUUGUCUCAUCACGCCUCAUGAACGAAUGGCUAGUCGGCAAGGGCGAGCGGGCACUCCUGGUCUACUUGCCGGGUCUAGCGUUCAUAUCCGCCUUUCUGGGCUGUCUCCGUGCCGGCGUGGUCGCAGUACCCAUAUACCCGCCAGAUCCGGCACAUCCCGAAAAAGGCCUUGACAAGAUGGAUGCACACGCACGCUGCGCCAAGCCAGCAGUUGCACUAACCGAGAAAAGGCUGUCCGCCGCGCUGCGCGGAGCUUGGGUUCAGCACCAGACUGACGUGCCUUCCACGCAGCAGCCCUUUGCGUGGUACGAGACCGAUGACGCGAGCGAUGACGCAGUUCGAUCGUUAUUUUGCGGACCUCUGCUCAUUGACGAGGAAGCCCUGGCAUUCAUUCAGUUCACGAGUGGUAGCACCGGCACACCAAAGGGUGUGUCCGUGACGCAUAAGCAGCUCAGAGCAAAUCUCACAGCCAUGGGAGAUGUACUCGCAUCGCCUUCGCGUGAUGCUGGAGGGCUGCGCUUCUGCUGCUGGCUGCCACAAUAUCACGACCUUGGACUGAUUGGCAACAUUGCUUUUUCGAUCGUCGAGGGGGCGAGCUGCACACUAAUGUCACCCGCGUCGUUUGUCAAGCGGCCGGUGCGGUGGCUCGAAGCAAUCUCGUACUACAGCGCGACGCACAUUUUCGCCCCUAAUUUUGCGUUCGAGCUCUGUGCCCGGAAGGUGAGGGACGAACAGCUCGGUCGGCUCGAUCUGUCAUGUGUUAUGUCCGCCGUGAAUGGGGCGGAGCCUUUGCGACCUUCGACGAUGCACCGAUUCUUGGAGCGGUUUGGGCCCUGUGGCUUCCGUUUGGAUGCCUAUAGCCCGGGCUACGGCUGCGCGGAGAACGUGCUGGUGAUUUCUGUCUCGCUGCCGAACCAGCCUGCGCUCGAGAUCCACGUGGCGCGGGAAAGUCUGACCAGGGGGUGCUUCAUUCAGUUGGCCGUGCCGUCGAAGAGCAAGAGGUAG